CCGCGGCCCGACGUCCAUCCCUGGUUGGAGACCGUGCGAUGCAAUUCAAAUUAAUAAGCUUGGCUGGCGCGAUUGCUUGGGUAUCCAUUUGGCGCAAUUUGUUUUCUGUGAUUCUAUCUCACAGAGGAUAUCUUUGUAGCUUCUCUGCUGUCGAGGAGAGUGAUUCGAGUCAAGGGUUGGCUUUUGUAGAUGGGAUUCUCGAAACCGUAGUCCAGAUCAAACCUCUGUGUUUUGUUCUUGAUAUAAACGUUGUUGGUAUCAUGUUCCUGAUGAUGGCCGAAAGUGACACGAGAGGCUUGUAUUCUUGUGUUUUUGCUUGCGUCCCCAGUUUCUUAUUCUUUUUCGUUUCGCUCUAUAUUGUUUGAUUUAGCAGUAUAUGGUGCUUUAGUUCGUCUACCAUAGAGGUGGUCAUUUCUCAGAGGCUUCCAUCUUUUUGCGCAUAAUAAGAUCAAUGUGUGCAUCCUGUCCUGUCUGCAACCUAAGCUUCCCCUUGCCUGAACUGGAAAGGCAUGUCAAUGAUCAUUUUGAGGACAAUGAAAUCUCAAUGGAUUCGGAGCUGGCAUGGGCAAUUGAAUUGGCCCCAUCGAGUCCUUUGUCAAAGCAGGGUGAAUUAAGCCUGGAUGAAGGAUUUUCAGGGAGAUGGCUGCCAUGUGCUGAGAACAUGUCGGAAGGGCAGACUAGUAAGCAGAGUGAAGAAAAAGUUAAACAUCUAGUUAGUUUACAAUUAAGGAGUAAAUUCUACCAUGUUGAAGAUGGUUUAGUGACCUUAUUAAGAAACUGCCUGGAGUCAGAUACCAAAAAUCUAUGCAGCAUAAUUUCUAGACAUGUUGACCACUUUCAGAGUACCAAAUCAGAGGAUUCAGGUUGGGGUUGUGGGUGGCGCAAUAUUCAGAUGAUGAGCUCACACUUAAUAACUGAGAGGAAGGAUGCUAGAGAAGUUCUAUUUGGUGGCUUAGGAUUUGUUCCUGAUAUUGCUUCACUUCAACGAUGGCUUGAAAUUGCUUGGGAAAGAGGCUUUGACACCGUUGGUGCAAGGUCAUUCCAGAACAGAAUAUAUGGAUCAAGCAAAUGGAUUGGAACGACUGAAUGUGCUGCCCUUUUUCGUUCUUUUGGCCUCCGGGCAACGAUAGUUGAUUUUGAAUGUGAGAAAGUCAAUGGUUGUGGCAAGAAAAGAUUUAUGAAGCAGGUUCAUGGACCAAUGGACAAGUUUGUCACAAAAUUUCACAAGACUACAUCUCAAACAAAUGGAAGCGAAUACGCAGGUGCUGAACAUUCUGAAUCUCACAUUCGUCCUCCAUAUUGUUUCCAAGAGAAAGAUUCAAUAUCUGACACUUGCGAAAGCUAUAAUAGUACUGGUGACCAUCAUGCCCUUGUUGACUGGGUUUGGAAUUAUUUUGCUAGCGAGAAUUAUUGCAGCUCAGGCGGUGUUUCUGUGAGUAAGAAGACGCCUUUGUAUUUCCAGCACGAUGGACACUCCAGGACUAUCAUAGGGAUUCAAAUUCAUAAAAGUGUGGAAAAGAUGUCAAGAGAAUACAGCUUGCUGGUUUUAGACCCUUCUCAGCGAACUGUUGAUUUGGAAAGUUCACUGAAAAGAAAUGUUGGAUGGCAGAGGUUGCUGAAGAGGGGAGUGCAUACACUAAAGAAGCCACAAUAUCAGUUAUGCUAUGUGGAUCCGGGAAUUGCAUUUGGGAAGGAAUUGGAGCAGCUUAAGACAAUCGACAGCAUUCUAGUUGAAAUCUGAUGGCUUGAAUAUGUACAUCUUAAAUGUAUAUGUCUCACUUUUUGCAGUUUAUGUUCUACUGUAAGUCGUUUACCAUGUGAUUAGGGAUUCAAGAAAGUAAUUAUAGUUUCUUCAAUGGCCACAGGUGUGAUUGUUUUGUUUUCUGUCAAGUUUGCAUGUGCUGUAAAUGUGUGCAUGCUAUUGUCGGUUUCUCUUCUUGUACUUCAUAGCUAAUUGCAUGUGGAUGUAUGCAUCUCACAGCCUGUAGGUCCUGUCGGCAAUAUGAGCUGGGUAUGUGCCACUUUCGAGUCUGUUGGCCUAUGUGCAUAAUGGAUGGAACUGUUCAGUGUUUGUUGUAUUCAGAGUGAAGAGUUUAUA